UCUCUCUCUCUCUCUCUUUCUCUUUCUCUAUUGCAAGAAAGAUGGCACUUUCAUAUUUUCUCUAAUAUUUCUUAAUUCAUUCACGGUUUUUAGCUUUCUGGGUAUCCGGAAAAGUAUUCAAAAAAGUGACCUUUUUUUUUUGUGUGUUAAAGAUUCAAGCUUUGGGUCUGGGAUUCUCUGUGCUUCUUGAUAUUUUGGAGUUGUGGUUCCAAGGAUGACUGUGGAGGAAACUAUGAGGAAUAUGGGUGUUGAUAGGGAAAAUUACCACAAUUUCCCACUGGGUAUGAGAGUUCUUGCUGUUGAUGAUGAUCCUAUUUGCUUGAAAUUAUUGGAAGGCCUGCUUAGAAAAUGCCAGUAUCAUGUAACUACAACUAGUCAGGCAAGAAUGGCACUGAAUAUGUUGAGAGAAAACAAAGACCGAUUCGACCUGGUAAUCAGUGAUGUUCAUAUGCCUGAUAUGGAUGGUUUUAAACUGCUUGAACUUGUGGGUCUCGAGAUGGACCUUCCAGUCAUCAUGCUGUCAGCUAAUAGUGAUACCAAGCUUGUAAUGAAGGGAAUAACUCAUGGUGCUUGUGACUAUUUGGUGAAACCUGUGCGAAUUGAGGAGCUGAGGAACAUCUGGCAACAUGUAAUCAGGAGAAAAAAGUCGGAAUCCAAGGGCCAAAAUCAAGACAAUGGUUAUCGUGGAAAUGGAGAAGGUGGGCAGGGGUUCCCACUGACAGGUUCCGCGGAACAGAAUGCAUUACUCAACAAGAAAAGGAAGGAUGAAGAGGACGAGACUAAUGAGAACGAAGACCCAUCCUCGCAGAAAAAGCCUCGUGUGGUUUGGUCUAUAGAACUUCACAGGAAGUUCGUUGCAGCUGUUAACCAGUUGGGCAUUGAAAAAGCUGUACCUAAAAGGAUUCUUGAACUGAUGAAUGUUGAAGGGCUUACUCGUGAAAAUGUGGCAAGCCAUCUACAGAAAUAUAGGCUUUACUUGAAAAGGAUCAGUUCAGUUGCAACCCAGCAGGCGAACAUGGUGGCUGCUUUAAGGGGUAAAGACUCGGCUUUCAUGAGAAUGGCUUCACUAGAUGGGCUUGGAGAUUUUCAAGCAUUGGGUGGACCUGGAAGAUUUAAUCAUGCUACAUUGUCUACAUAUACACCUGCUGACAUGCUUGGUAGACUAAGUAGUGCCACUGGUGUAAGUAUUCGCAACCUUAGUGCAUCCGCCUUGGUCCAGUCAAAUCACGCCCAAAAUUUGGAGAACUCCCUUGGUUCUGAUGGGAAUUUGAACCCAAACAUUUCGCUUUCAAGCCAUAAUGCUGCUACUUUGUUUCAAGGAAUUCCAUCGCCUUUAGCUGUACAGGAGCUGAAUCCUUUGGAAAAUUCUCGGGCGCUUACUGCUGCAACUGCAUUUGCAGAUUCUGGAUCUGUUAUUGGUAGCUCAAUGAAUCCUAUGAUGCUUCAAGGAAGCCCCAAGCAAGGGCUAAUCGGGGGAGGAUUUGGAAACCAACAUUCUCUCAACAUGGCUUCUUUAAGUUCUGAACUUUAUAAUACUGGUGUCAAUAGUUCCUCCAAUUUUCUUGGCCAUGGCAGAUCUAGUGAGAAUUGGCAGACUUCUAUUCAAGUUUCAGAAUUCCAGUCUGGCUCUUAUCCUUUAACCGAAACAUUCAGUCAUAUCCAGUUGCCUCAAAAUUGCGAGAGAGAACACGAGUCUUCAGCUGCCACGCAUUUACAUAGCAGCCCUGUUGGCUUCUCUUCCACAACCUCAGCUUCUACAACUUUCGAAGAUUCAAGAGAACCCCAAGUACCCAGCCAACUGUGGGGCGAUAGUAAACAGAAUCAGAACUCAAACGACAUUUUCAGAAACUUGAGCUCUCAUGUUCCACCUUCUUUAAGCCAGGGUAUGUACCAAACGAGUGGCAACUUAAAUACAAAGAUGAAUUCAUUUUUAAUGCAUCGGUCAAAUGCAGGAUCUUUGGUUCUCUUUCACCAAAAUGGGAAUGAAAUGCCAACUCCAGACCCCAGGACAAGAUCCAUCGAAGAUAACCUUUUGGAGUCUACAAAGACACAUGGGGCAUUUGUAUCUCAAGGCUUUGACGCGCUGGAUGAUCUAAUGAAUGCAGUGAUUAAGCAGGAACAAGAUGGAGGCAUAUUGGUUGGGGAAUUUGGGUUUGAUGCUUACCCAUUUGGUUCUUGUAUGUGAUGAGGAUGUUGUGGCAAUUCUUCAGGACAACAUCCAUCUGGCUGCUGCAGCUGCUGUGUAUCUUUAAUUUGCUUUAUCAAAUUAGUUAGACUAGAAUCUGUAAUGAUGUUUAGCUUUCUCCUCUUUAACUUUGUGCUAGUAUCUCAGUUUAUGUACUACUUGUCUGCUUUGCUGAUUUGUUAAUGCAAGCUUUUUUUUUUUUUUUU